AAGAUGUUUGAUUGCAAACAUUGUCCAAAACAGUUCCAAAAACCGAGUCAGCUGAAACUUCAUCUCUAUACGCAUACAGGUGAAAAACCGCAUAAAUGUCAAAUUCCAAACUGUGGUAAACAAUUUUCAAUUCUAAGUAAUCUACGUCGACAU